AUGCCUAUCAAGAUUGCUGUCGUCGGCGCUGGCAUCGGCGGCCUCAGUGCUGCUGCGGCACUCCGUUGCGCAGGACACCACGUUGAGGUGUUCGAAAAAUCCAAGUUCCUCAGCGAGAUCGGAGCUGCUCUUGUCGUCGCGCCCAACGGCGUCAAGGUCCUGUCUAGGUUGGGGUUCUCCUUUGAAAAUGCUCGCAGUGAGCCGAAAUCCUGCUUCGAGCUCCGUGAUGGGAGGAACAUGGACUAUGUGGCUGGUGUCAAACUCUCGGGUGGCGAGCAGAGGUUCGGCGCCCCGCUGCACACUAUGCAACGAGCAGACCUUCACCAAGAACUUUAUCGAAUUGCCACGAUGAGUAUCCCAGGACUUUCAGAUAUUCGGUUUCAUUUAGGAGGCAAAGUUUCAACUGUUCAGCCUGAUACCGGAGUCUUGCACCUUGAUGACGGAUCAACCUUCACAGCUGAUUUGAUCAUCGGGGCUGACGGGCUUCAUUCUGUGCUCAGGUCUGUGGUUCUAGAGGGACACCCUGAAACACCUAUCAAAACUGGUCUUAGUGCUUUUCGGUUUCAAAUCCCGACGGAUGUGAUUAGAGGUGACCCGGAAUUUCUUGCGCUCACGGCUUUGAAGGGCCAUGGCCCAUCAAUCCUUGCGGACAUAUCGGACGAGAACACAGUUGAUCACAUGGUCUGGUAUGAUUGCCAAAAUGGCGAGGUUCAGAAUUUCGUAGGAAUACACAACUCGACUUCGGACGAAGGAGACAGUAAGACCACUGAAUCAAGCAAAGACUUGCUAGCCUAUGUUACAAGCCAAUUUGGAACUUUUCAUUCUGUCCUUCUGCGUUUAAUCAGCAACGCACCGCGCAUCACGAAGUGGCCUCUCAACAUUUUUCAGCCACUGCCCUAUCAUACUCGUGGAAAGAUUAUCUUGAUCGGAGACGCGGCUCAUCCAAUGUUACCCUUCAGUGGACAAGGCGCCAACCAGGCUAUCGAAGAUGCUGGGGCAUUUGGGGUCAUCUUUGAGGCGGUUGAUUCCGCCGAGCACAUACACACAAGGAUUUCCCAUUUUGAAAAACUUCGAAAGCUCCGCGUUUCGAGGGUCCAACUCAUGUCUAGUGUGCGCGUGGGCAAAGAAAACGAAGUAUUCGAGCAGCUUAAACAUUACGCAGACACUCCAUUUUCGGAUGUUCCGAGAAACUUUUCUGAGCGACUUGCUCAUGACUUUGGCUACGAUGUGUUUGAAGAAUCACGGAAGUUUUUGCGGGAAAAUGUCCUAGAUCCGAAGAACGAAUCUACGGCUUACGCUCAUGAUCCUAUUGCCGCAGGAAGCAAGCAGUUGGUAGGUGCUAGAUGA